UGUCUUAAAAAGACAGACCAAAUCUAAUAUCUCAAUUGUUUGGUAAAAAGAAUUUUUAAAAACACUUUUGCCUUUGUUUUAAAAUUCCAGAAACCUCGUCGACGUUGAAGAUCGUGUCCUGAAUCCAGCACUCUCACUUACUGGUUUAGGGUUCUGAGCAAAGCAAGGAAUACAAAUAUGCAACAACCGCCGCAGAUGAUCCCAGUGAUGCCUUCCUAUCCACCUACAAACAUCACCACUGAGCAGAUCCAGAAGUACCUUGAUGAAAAUAAAAAAUUGAUUUUGGCGAUCUUGGACAAUCAAAACCUUGGAAAACUUGCUGAAUGUGCCCAGUAUCAAGCUCAGCUGCAAAAGAAUUUGAUGUAUUUAGCUGCAAUUGCUGAUGCACAACCACAGGCACCAACAAUGCCAACCCAGAUGGCCCCACAUCCUGCAAUGCAACAAGGAGCAUAUUACAUGCAACAUCCUCAGGCGGCAGCAGCGGCGGCAGCAAUGGCUCAGCAGUCAGGUAUUUUCCCUCCAAAGAUGCCGUUGCAAUUCAAUAAUCCUCAUCAAAUACAGGAUCCUCAGCAGUUACAUCAAGCAGUCAUCCAAGGGCAAAUGGGAAUGAGACCCAUGGGCCCCAAUAAUGGCAUGCAUCCCAUGCAUGCCGAGGCAACUCUUGGAAGCAGUGGCACUUCUGUAGCUGCAGGCUCUAAUGAUGUUCGAGGGGGAAGCAAACCGGAUGCCCCUGAGGCUGGGGCAUCAGGUGCUGAUGGCCAAGGGAACAUGGCUGCUGGGCACGGUGGUGGUGAUGGUGCGGAGGAUGCAAAGUGAAUGGCCCCUCUGGAGUGGUCUACAGGGAUAACUUUUCUGUUGAUAGUAGGCAUUGCAGAACUGUUAUUGUUCUGUGAUCUCUCAAUAGAUUGAGCAAAGAAUUGGAUGUUUCUCGUUUCCUUCUAGUUUUGACAGAUUAGGUAGGUAAGUUGUAAGGGUCUUGGUAUGCGAAUGAAUCAAAAUUCCAACCAGAUGCGAGACAAAGACAGCUGUAGAUUGUAGAAGGAAGUGGUGGGAUGGUACUAUAAUCGUAUGUCAACUACAAAUGCAUGCAUUGGUGUUUUACGAAUUUUGGUCCAGAAAUUUUCGUUGCCUA